AUGUCCAAAACGUUUACUCGGGAAGAAGUGUCAAAGCACAAGGAGAAGGGGGAUUUGUGGAUAAUCAUCGACUCCACGGUAUAUGACCUCUCCAGAUUCUUGACCAUUCACCCAGGCGGACUUGCCGCUCUAUUGGACGACGAAGUUGCCGGGAAAGAUGCUACAGACACCUUCUUCGCUUUGCAUCGCUUCGAGGUUCUCCAGAACCCACAGUAUGUACGAUUGAAGCUCGGCCAUAUUCAAGGAGAAGAGCCUCAAAUGAUUAAGCCACCUCCUGGGUCGUUGAGCGAGAUUCCGUUUGCUGAACCGACCUGGUUAUCGAAAGGCUGUCAUAGUCCAUAUUAUAAUGAGAGUCAUCAUCGACUACAGACCGCUAUCCGCAAGUUCACCGAAGAAGUCGUAUUCCCAGACGCUCAAGCUCGCGAAGAGGAUGGAAAACGCGUGUCACAGCAUAUAUUUGAAGCGCGGGUACGAUUGAACCUUCCUGCCAUGGCCUUAGGACCUGGUCCACAUCUCAAAGGACUCACGCUAAUGGACGGAGCAGUUAAACCAGAGGAAUUCGAUUGCUUCCAUGAACUGGUCAUAAUUCAAGAAAAUUCGCGACUCCAUGCUCGAGGGUACUCUGAUGGUAUGGCAAUGGGAACGUACAUAGCUUUGCCUGCUAUCAUGAAAUAUGCGGCUCCUGAAAUCCGGGAUAAGAUUUGCAGGGAAGUCUUUGCGGGACAGAAAUUCCUCAGUUUGGCCGUCACCGAGGCCUACGCCGGUAGUGAUGUCGCCGGGAUCAGGACAAGAGCGACUAAGACUGAAGGUGGCUGGAUCGUCAAUGGAAGGAAUGAACAGGAAGGCGGAAUCAUUGUUCUACUAAUUGAAAGAGGAGAGGGUAUUGAGACACGUCUCAUCCGCACGUCAUACUCUACCGCUGCGGGGACGGCGUUUAUAACCUUUGACGACGUGUUCGUCCCAGAUACCCAUGUGCUUGGACACCCUACAGAUGGGUUGAGAACCAUAUUAAGUAAUUUCAACCAUGAGAGGUUGGUUUACCCUUCUUCAGCGCUCCGUAACAAGAUUUCUAAUUUCCAUAGGUGGGCUUUGGCAUGUGGGUCUAUUGGAACUCAGCGUGCUAUUGUCGAAGAAUGCUUCAAGUGA